AUGUCGCUGUUCAUCCUCACCGAGACCAGCGCCGGUUAUGCCCUGCUGAAGGCUAAGGACAAGAAGCUCUUCAAGCGCGAGCAACUCCCCGAAGAUGCCUCUACCGCCGAGGGCGUUUGCAACCUGUUCAAGCUGAAGUCUUUCCAGAAGUUUGACAGUGCUGCCGCAGCUGUGGAGGAGGCUACUGCUAUCAUCGAGGGCAAGGUCACCCCCCGCCUCGCUUCCCUUUUGGAUGGACUCAAGGACGAGAAGAAGGUUUCCCUCGCUGUUGCGGACCCCAAGCUCGGAAACUCUAUUGGCAAGCUGCCUGGUCUUUCCAUCGAGUGUAUCGCCGACUCUACCACCGCCGAGGCCUUCCGUGCCAUUCGUGAGAACCUCACUUCUCUCAUCCCCAGCCUGGCCCCCAGUGACAUGUCCGUCAUGUCUCUUGGUCUUUCUCACUCUCUCGCUCGUCACAAGCUCAAGUUCUCCCCUGAUAAGAUUGACACUAUGAUUGUUCAGGCCAUUGGUCUGCUGGAUGACAUGGAUAAGGAGCUGAACACCUACGCCAUGCGUGUGAAGGAAUGGUACGGCUGGCACUUCCCUGAGCUGGCUAAGAUCCUUAACGACAACAUUGCCUACGCUAAGCUUGUCCUCAAGAUGGGCAUGCGCAGCAACUGGGAGACCGUCGAUCUCGCUGAGGUCCUGCCGGAGGAGAUUGAGACUGCCGUCAAGUCCGCUGCUGACCGCUCCAUGGGUACCGAGAUCAGCGAGGAUGAUCUCGAGAACAUCCAGGCCCUGGCUGACCAGGUUGUCUCUCUGUAUGACUACCGUUCCCAGCUCGCCAGCUACCUGACCUCCCGUAUGAACGCCAUUGCCCCCAACUUGACUGCUCUUGUUGGUGAGCUUGUUGGUGCUCGUCUGAUUGCCCACGCUGGUAGCUUGAGCAGCCUUUCCAAGAGCCCUGCCUCUACACUCCAAAUUCUGGGUGCUGAGAAGGCCCUUUUCCGUGCUCUUAAGACUAAGCACGACACCCCCAAGUACGGUCUGAUCUACCACGCCUCUCUGAUCGGCCAGGCCACCGGCCGCAACAAGGGUAAGAUGGCCCGUAUUCUGGCCGCUAAGGCCUCCCUGGGUAUCCGUGUGGAUUCCUUGGCUGAGUGGGAUGACGAUGUCACUGAGGAGGAGAAGGCUGCUCUCGGUACUGAGGCCCGUUUCAACCUUGAGCGCAAGCUUGCCGGUAUGGAGGGCAAGCCCGUCAAGCCCCGUGGUGUUGCUAUUGCCCCCAACGGCACCGCUACUCAACCCCAGAAGUUCGAUCUUAACGAGGCUCGCAAAUACAACCCCGAUGCCGAUGCUUUGGCUGAUGAGGAGCCUAAGUCAGCUAAGAAGGAUAAGAAGAACAAGAAGCUUGUCCAGGAGGUUGACUCAGACGAGGAGAUGGAGGACGAUUCUGAUGAUGAACCCCAAGCCAACGGCACAAAGUCUGACUUAGAGAAGCAAGCCGCUAAGGCUGGUCUCAGCGUCAAGCGCUACGAGCGCAAGCUGGAGCGUGGAGAGAUCACCUUUGAUGCCUCUGGGAACCCCACAUCUGUCAGCAAGAAGGACUUAAAGAAGGCUAAGAAGGAGUCCAAGAAGGCCGAUAAGGAGGAGGGCAAGAAACGCAAGCGCUCCGACGAGGGUGAAGAGGCCAAGAAGGAUAAGAAGAAGAAGAAGAGCAAGGGCGAGUAA